GGCAGGACUGUUGUCAGUGAACAGCUGGGAGUGUCUGUCAGCCUUGUGAGCGCCUGUGCACGCUUGUGGUCCUGUGUGUGUGUGAGCUCAUAUCUGCAUGUGUGUAGCUGCUGGUGUGGCACUGGGGCAGCCGUGUGACCGUGGGAAUAUGUGAAGUUGCAUGAGUAUAUUUGGGCACUUGAGAGUGUGCACCUGUGCAGCUUUGGUUGUGCAGGUGUGUGUGUGAGUGCCCUGAUAUGCUGGUGAGUGUGCAAGGUGUACCUGCUAUAGGUGCAUGUACCUGGUUGUCUAUUAGGGGACACAUGUGUUUUUCUCUGUUGUCUCUGUGGGUGUGAACAUGCAAGGGAAAGUCAGUGCUCUGUGUGUGUGUGUUGUAUGCAGGUGCGUCAACCUUGAGGGUGUGUGUCCAUCUAUGCUGGGAGUCUGUGAGGGCUUCAGGGUUGGUCUCUGGGGAGGAGAGUUGUGUGUGGUUAAACAUGCAUGGGCAGGGCACCCUGGCACAAGGCUGACCUCCCUUCUGGGCCCAGUGGGAUCGAGGCCCAGGUGGCGGGACCUGUGGUACUGGCCCAGGCCCUGACUCCCUGAAGAGAGAUGAAGAAACCCAGAUUCAGAGAGGUUCAGACACUUGCCCGAGGUCACACAGCUAGUCUCACCUCCCACUCCUCCUGUCUUCUCACCGCACCAUGGCUCCGGGCCCCUUCUCCUCGGCGCUCCCCUCGCCACCACCUGCUGCCCUACCUUUCCUGCUGCUGCUCUGGGCGGGGGCAUCUCGCGGCCAGCCCUGCCCCGGCCGCUGCAUCUGCCAGAACGUGGCGCCCACGCUGACCAUGCUGUGCGCCAAGACGGGUUUGCUUUUCGUGCCGCCGGCCAUCGACCGGCGCGUGGUGGAGCUGCGGCUUACCGACAACUUCAUCGCGGCCGUGCGCCGGCGGGACUUCGCCAACAUGACCAGCCUGGUGCACCUCACCCUCUCCCGCAACACCAUCGGCCAGGUGGCGGCAGGCGCCUUCGCGGACCUCCGUGCCCUCCGCGCCCUGCACCUGGACAGCAACCGCCUGGCGGAGGUGCGCGGCGACCAGCUCCGUGGCCUGGGCAACCUCCGCCACCUGAUCCUAGGCAACAAUCAGAUCCGCCGGGUGGAGUCCGCGGCCUUCGACGCCUUCCUGUCCACCGUGGAGGACCUGGAUUUAUCCUACAACAACCUGGAGGCCCUGCCCUGGGAGGCAGUGGGCCAGAUGGUGAACCUGAACACCCUUACGCUGGACCACAACCUCAUCGACCACAUCGCCGAGGGCACCUUCGUGCAGCUUCACAAGCUGGUCCGCCUGGACAUGACGUCCAACCGCCUCCACAAACUGCCGCCUGACGGGCUCUUCCUGAGGUCGCAGGGCACGGGGCCCAAGCCGCCCACGCCACUGACCGUGAGCUUCGGCGGCAACCCCCUGCACUGUAACUGCGAGCUGCUGUGGCUGCGGCGGCUGACCCGGGAGGACGACCUAGAGACGUGCGCCACCCCUGAGCACCUCACCGACCGCUACUUCUGGUCCAUCCCCGAGGAAGAGUUCCUGUGCGAGCCCCCGCUGAUCACGCGGCAGGCGGGCGGCCGGGCCCUGGUGGUGGAGGGCCAGGCGGUCAGCCUGCGCUGCCGGGCUGUGGGCGACCCCGAGCCCGUGGUGCACUGGGUGGCCCCCGACGGGCGGCUGCUGGGGAACUCCAGUCGGACCCGGGUCCGGGGGGACGGCACCCUGGAUGUGACCAUCACUACGCUGCGGGACAGUGGCACGUUCACUUGCAUCGCCUCCAAUGCCGCGGGAGAAGCCACGGCGCCCGUGGAGGUGUGCGUGGUGCCUCUGCCGCUGAUGGCGCCCCCGCCGGCCGCUCCCCCACCCCUCACGGAGCCCGGCUCCUCUGACAUCGCCACGCCCGGCCGGCCUGGUGCCAACGACUCAGCGGCCGAGCGGCGGCUGGUGGCCGCGGAGCUCACGUCCAGCUCGGUGCUCAUCCGCUGGCCGGCGCAGAGGCCCGUGCCCGGCAUCCGCAUGUACCAGGUCCAGUACAACAGCUCGGCGGAUGAUUCCCUCGUCUACAGGAUGAUCCCGUCCACCAGCCAGACCUUCCUGGUGAACGACCUGGCGGCGGGCCGCGCCUACGACCUGUGUGUGCUGGCCGUCUACGACGACGGGGCCACUGCCCUGCCGGCCACGCGAGUGGUGGGCUGCGUGCAGUUCACCACGGCCGGCGACCCGGCGCCCUGCCGCCCGCUGAGGGCCCAUUUCUUGGGCGGCACCAUGAUCAUCGCCAUCGGGGGCGUCAUCGUCGCCUCGGUCCUCGUCUUCAUCGUUCUGCUCAUGAUCCGCUACAAGGUGUACGGCGACGGGGACGGCCGCCGCGGCAAGGGCACGUCCAGGGCGCCCCCACGGGUCAGCCACGUGUGCUCGCAGACCAACGGCGCAGGGGCGCCGCAGGCCACGCUCCCGCCGGCGCAGGACCGCUACGAGGCGCUGCGCGAGGUGGCGUCGCCGGCGGCCGUCGAGGCCGCGGCCCAGGCGGCUUCCGUGGAGGCGGAGGCGGCCCUCGGACGCUCUCUGGGCGGCUCGGCCACCUCGCUGUGCCUCCUGCCGUCGGAGGAGACUUCCGGCGAGGAGUCCCGGGCCGUCGCGGGCCCUCGGAGGAGCCGUUCGGGGGCCCUGGGGCCGCCCGCUUCGGCGCCCCCCGCUCUAGCUUUGGUUCCCGGGGGCGCGUCGGCCCGGCCGAGGCCUCAGCAGCGCUAUUCCUUCGACGGGGACUACGGGGCGCUCUUCCAGAGCCACAGUUACCCGCGCCGCGCCCGGCGGACAAAGCGCCACCGCUCCACGCCGCACCUGGACGGGGCCGGAGGGGGCGCGGCCGGGGAGGAUGGAGACCUGGGGCUGGGCCCGGCCAGGGCGCGCCUGGCCUUUACCAGCACCGAGUGGAUGCUGGAGAGUACCGUGUGAGCGGCGGGCGGGCGCCAGGACGCCGGGGAGCCGCGGACCAACGCCGCCGUCGGACCGGCCGGGAGCGGCGCCCUCCCCACACUCCUCCUCCUCCUGUUCCACCCCCGGGAGGGGCGGGGCCUCCCGGCUGCGGCUCGAGGCCACGCCCCCACGCCCUGUGGCUUGGGGGGAGGGGGCUGCCGGCCUCCCCUCCCCGCGGGCCCCUCGCCCCGUCCCGGCCCUCCCCCCCGCGCGCUCGCGGACCUCGCUGGAGCCGGUGCCUUACACAGCGAAGCGCGGGGAGGGGCAGGGCCCCCCCGACACUGCAGCACUGAGACACGAGCCCUCUCCCCCAGCCCGGGACCGGGGCCGGGGAGAGGGGCCCAUUUCUUGUAUCUGGCUGGACUAGAUCCUAUUCUGUCCCCGCGGCGGCCAACAGAGCCCCCACCCUCACCCCACUCAGCGCCCUGGUCCCAUCGGGUCUGGCUUGGGGUCCCCUUUCCCUGCCCCGCCCCGUCUGUCUCACUCCCACUCUGUCUGUCUGCCGUCUCUGUCCCUUGUCUCCUCUCCCUCCGCCCUCUCUUGUUGAGUCCGGUGUCCCUGUCUCUCCCGAUUUCGCCGCCGCGCUACCCAUUCUCCCGGGCGGGUCCCACCGGAAGGAUCAGACUCUCCCCUACUCCUUCCUUGUCCCCCCAGGUAAAUCCCCACACGAACAAAGUCCAAAACCAAAUCCCCUCCGUACCGGAGUCGGGACCCUCCGCCGCAGCAGAAUUAAACUUUUUUCUGUGUCCGA